AGGACAAGGAGGGAUCUUCAAAAACCAAAAAUGAAGUUGCCAAUGACAUGCCGGUGCCUGGCACUGUUCGUUCUUCUGAAUCACCCAACUCCAAUUCUUCCUGCCUAUUCCAAUCUCACUGAUCCAACAACUAUGACUGAGCCAUACCUGUAUAUCAUAGGCCGCCAGAGGAUGAUGGAUGCCCAGUACAAAUGCUAUGACCGCAUGCAGAAUAUGCCACCAUACGAAGGAGAAGGUCCAUACUGCAACCGCACCUGGGAUGGCUGGAUGUGCUGGGAUGACACUCCGGCUGGAAUGUUGACCUCCCAGUACUGCCCCAAUUACUUUCCAGAUUUUGACCCCACAGAAAGGGUCACAAAAUACUGUGAUGAAAAUGGGGUUUGGUUCAAACAUCCCCACAACAAUCGAACCUGGACCAACUAUACCCUGUGUAACGCUUUCACUCCUGAGAAGCUGCAGAAUGCGUACUCUCUGUACUACCUGGCUAUCGUGGGUCACUCUUUGUCCAUUUUCACCUUGGUGAUUUCCCUGGGGAUCUUUGUGUUCUUCAGGAGCCUUGGCUGCCAACGUGUGACUCUGCACAAGAACAUGUUUCUGACCUACAUUCUGAACUCCAUGAUUAUCAUCAUCCACCUGGUUGAAGUCGUGCCCAACGGAGAUCUGGUGCGCCGGGACCCCGUGAGCUGCAAGAUUCUGCACUUCUUCCACCAGUACAUGAUGGCUUGCAACUAUUUCUGGAUGCUCUGCGAAGGGGUCUAUCUCCAUACUCUCAUCGUGGUGUCUGUGUUCGCUGAGGGGCAACGUCUGUGGUGGUAUUACCUUCUGGGCUGGGGGUUCCCGCUGGUGCCAUGCACUAUCCAUGCGAUUACCAGGGCUCUGUACUUCAAUGACAACUGCUGGCUGAGUGUGGACACCCAUCUGCUUUACAUCAUCCAUGGCCCUGUGAUGGUGGCGCUGGUGGUCAACUUCUUCUUUCUGCUCAACAUCGUCCGGGUGCUUGUGACCAAGAUGAGGGAGAGCCAUGAGGCAGAGUCCCGCAUGUACUUGAAGGCUGUGAAGGCUACUAUGUUCCUUGUGCCCCUGCUCGGAAUCCAGUUUGUUGUCUUUCCGUGGAGGCCCUCCAACAAGGUGCUUGGGAAGAUCUACGAUUACCUCAUGCACUCUCUGAUCCACUUCCAGGGAUUCUUCGUGGCGACUAUCUACUGCUUCUGCAACAACGAGGUCCAAACCACCGUGAAGCGCCAAUGGAUGCAGUUCAAAAUCCAAUGGAACCAGCGCUGGGGAAGGCGCCCCAACCGCCGCUCUGCCGCUCGCGCUGCCGCCGCCGCAGCCGCUGCUGAGGAGGGCGACCUCCCGGUGUACAUCUGCCACCAGGAGCCUAGGAAUGAGCCUGCCAACAACCAAGGCGAGGAGGGUGCUGAGAUCAUCCCCAUGAAUGUCAUCGAGCAAGAGUCAUCCGCUUGAAUGUGAAGCACACACAGCAUCGUGAUCACUGAGCCUUCAUUUCCUGGGAGAAAGAUAGAUCAUGCAUUUAACGAUCCCCAUCCUCCCAGGAGCUGAGCAUAUCAUUUGUGAAGAAUUAUUAAGUGAAUUUGUCCAUAGUGAAUUUGAAGAAAGUGAUUCUUGGUACUAUUGCUUUGGGAGACAGUCUAGGAAUGGAGUCUCCCACUGCAACUUG